GGGGCUGAGGGGACCGGCGAUGGGCUCUCGGCGGCAGCAGCAUCGGGAGUCUGUUCUUCAGUUCUGCAGCUUCCUUCGGCAAGUGUACGAAGAAAGAAAGGGAAAUGUCAACAAAGGACCACUUACCUUUGAGACUGAUGUACAAGGCUACCUUAUCGAUGAAGAAUGCGCAAAUCCUGUCGAGAACUUUUGGAACAGAAAUGGGAUGAUGGUGGUUGUGGAGAAAGUGAUAUCCUGUGCAACAAUCACACAACCAGAACAGCAGCCCAUAGAUGGCACAUAUAUUUCUGAGGUUUCUUCAAAAGUGUGUCCUGCAGUACAUGGUUUGCCUAUUUCCAGAGCAAGGCAGCUCAUUUCAUUCUAUACCAUGUCACAAAAUCCAAACAUGACCCAUUUAAAAAUAAGCAAUCCAGCACCUUUUCUUCCGCUGUGGGUACGGUGUGAUCGCACAGACCCCCAACAAACUAUCUGGCUAGGGGCUGAACCUUUCUCCACUGGAAAUAAGCUUACUGGGAUCACUCUUCAUACAGUUACCAGCAAUGGGCCGUUGACAAAUAAAAAUUGUUCUACAGAUUUGGAAGAAUUAAAAGAGAGCCACAGAAGAAGACAUCACUGUUCUGGGCUGAGAAUGAAGGGCUUUGCUUCCUACAAAUUCCUUGAAGCCACCUUGUUGGACUCCCUCUCCCUGGAGGACACCUUUGUUCCACUGGACAGAAAUAUAUAUGCUGACUUUGCUUGGGACACUGUGACGAUGGCUCUGCAGAUACCUCCACCCGCUUCUACCACUACACUGAAGUUUCAGAUGGCUUGUGGGGGCCAUUUGAGUUCGGUGUGUGAGGUCAGCAGAGAACUGCAGUUCCUUCUUGGCUUGGCCCAGGGAUUGAAGACUGGCGCGAUAGACUGGAGUAAGCCUUCAGGAGGAAAACCAGCGGUUGAACUGGUCCAGAAGCUUUUGAAAGAUCUAAAAGAUGAAGUGGAUGGAUUAAAGACACAAAACAUUAGUGAUAUUGAGAAUCUCCAGAAUGACACUGCUACGGUUUAUAGCUCCAUGAAAACAGUUUUUAAUAACAGAGAAGAUUUGGAUUUUGUUGAACAGCUGUGGUGCAAGAUGUGGAAAAACAUCGCAUCAUAUGAGGAAUUGGUUAAGUGCUUCAAGUUGAUAAUGAAAUCCCUGCAACAUGGUGAAUUGCGGACAUGGAUUCAUCAAGGAAGUAAUAGCACACUGAGCAAACUGAUUAAACAGUCUCUCCAUGGGAGUGUAGAGACUGUUCCUCUUAGGGAUGGCGCUCCAAUUCAAAUGCUUCUUGAGAUUGGUGUGGAUAAAAUGAAGAGAGAUUAUGUCAGCUAUUUUGUAGGCAAGGAACUUGCAGUACAUGCUCAUCUGGACUAUUUCAUGUCCACUUCAGUAGAUCUGCAGGAGCAAGUUCACCGUGUUCAGAAACUCCAUCAUGUGCUGGAAAUAGUGGACAACUGUGUGGAUCUUCUUAAACUUGAUCAUGAGAACCUCAUCUUUUUGACACAAUCUUGUAUAAAGUACUACAAGGAAAAUCCUCUGAAUGAAAAGCAUGUGUUUCAGUUACCAGUGAGGCAGUCUACUGUGAAAGACUUCUGCCAAAAUGCUUAUCCCCAAAUAUGGAGAGUGGAAAUCAGCAGUGGACAAGGACAGAAAAAAGUGAAAACAGUCUGGCAAUUUAGCACCACCUCUCCAGCGGAACACAUGAACACCAGCAGCAGAGGUCUCCUGGAUGGUACAGAAACAUUUGACAGCCCAGAGGGGAUGUGCUUUAUUACCCUGGCUGAGUGCAAUCAGGUAUAUUUUAUAGAAGAAAAAGGAGCUGCUUACCUUCCUUGACGAAGUAAUAAUAAUGAUGAAGAGCAGACUUAUGGUAUCCACUGCAUGUUUUGAAUUAACCCAUCUGUUUCGCUUAAGAGUGUUUUUUAAUGCCAAGGUGCAGUAUGUAUAGCAGAGCGGUAGGAUCUAAGCAGACAUGCUGCUUUUCUUAAAGAUUUAUAGGUGCGUGCCAUGUGCUGUAAAGAGUGUUAAAAUUGUA